UACAGAGGAGAUGAUAGCUGGAUUGGUUUGACCUUCAGUAAGCGGUCAUAUCAAUAUUUUUGGGUAGAUGACUCAUUUUCAGUCUCCCAAAAUGCAUGGGUAAUUAGAAGAAGCAGAAGAUUCACGCAAACUAGUUCAGAUUGUGGUGUUGCCUUCAAGAAAUAUCUUUCUGUAACUGAUUGUUCACAGCAAAGAAAGUGGAUUUGUAAGAGAGAAGGAGCUGUUGAUCUCCUUACUGAGCACAUAGGAAGAUCAUUUUAUUUUCCUUCGGGAAGAGCUCCUAUAUAUCCCACUUUGGAUAAAGCUAAGAAAGCCUGUUUAGUCUUGGAAAUGUGUACAGGAGUGUUGGAAAUAGAGGACAAAUUCAUGGUGCACACUGGCAUGGAAUUAUAUAAUACAAGGAACAAAAAAGUGAAAACCUGGAUCAAAUCAGAAUGUGCUCCUGGAAGAUUUGGGGAGAUGUGUGAGUUCAUAUGCCGCAAAUGUGAUGAUGAUGUGCCAUGCAACCCAUACACGGGGUUGUGUGCAGACAGCUUGUUCUGCAGCAACGAUGACAAUUCUUUCACUUGUAACAAAGGAUUCUUGAUUGCUGGGAGGUGUCCUCUUGAAAAUGGUUGGAUGUACUGGCGUGGAAGCUGUUACUAUAUCUACACCGAAAAAAAAAUCUGGAUAGAUGCAAGAGAUGUGUGCAGGCAACAUAGGGGCACAGACCUUUUAUGGAUAACCAGUAAAGAAGAAAAGAUGUGGAUUCUUUCUCAAUUGCCCAGUGGAUUCUUCUGGACAGGUCUUAAUGGGAUUAGAUACUGUACCCGCAGGCACUGGUCAUACACUAAUUUCUCAUUUACACCUUCAGAAUGGUUGACAGAAGCAUGGACAAUAUAUAGGAGGUGCUGCAUUCAGCUGAAAGCUCCCAGUGGUUCAAUGCCAGCAACCAGCUGCUACUGGAAAACCCCAUGGGUUUGCAAGAGAAGAGAAGAGGAUACUAUGGAUUUCCGCAAGUUUGAUGGGUAUUAUCUUGUUAGUGUUGGAGAUGCUAAUACAGCAGAAAACCACUCAUCUUUAAAUGACGCUCUUCAGCUUUGUAGAUUCCAAAGAACACUUUGCAGUGCAGUUCAAAGGAUAAAAAAUGUCUAUACAACUUUUAUGGCAAAGCGACUGGUACUUGUCAGUGGAUCCUCUGCAACUGGAUAUACAGCAUAUUUGAAAAGCGCUUGUACACCAGGAUAUUUUGGUCCUAAAUGUGGCAGAAUAUGCACCUGUAAUGGGACUGAUAACUGCAAUCCAUUAAACGGACAGUGCAUUGAAAAUGAGCAGUGCAAGGAGGAAUAUGUAACAAAGAAAUGUGAACAAGGUGUGAUUAAUCUGAAGUGCCCAAAGGAUCCUGGGUGGUGGUACUGGGAAAACAACUGCUACUAUAUAGAGUUGGUGAUGCAAUCAACUUGGGCAAAAGCGCUGAAUUUUUGUACUGCUUACCAUGAAACUUCACUGUUGCCAGAGCCAAGUGAUCAGAAGGAAAAGAUUUGGCUGUCUUCUGUGAUCAAGGAUUUCAUGUGGAUAGCCUCAGCAAAGGCAAAAGCUAAAAAUCCACUGGACAUUGAAGACAAAUUUGAAAAAGCUACUGACUCAUGUACACAGAUGGACAGCAAUGGGAUCGUUAGAAAAGCUGAUUGUUCUUCCUUGGCUGGCUGGAUUUGUAAAAGGAGUGAAGCUGCCAACGUAUUUUGGGAAUACCCUGGAAAGAUACUUAUUAUGCCACUGGGGAACAAAGUUUAUGAAGAUAAAGAACAUGCAAAAUCAGCUUGCUUUUUAGAAGAAAAAUGUACUGGAAUCAGCUACUGGAGAAAGCAGUAUGUACCAGUCAGCGGUAAAGAUUUAGUCUUAGGUGGCAGGAGGCAGGAUACUACCUACAUGAAAACAGCCUGCAGUGAAGGACAUUAUGGGAGUCAUUGUCAGGAAAGGUGCCCAGCAUGCCCAGAUAACAAGCCUUGCAAUAGACUGACAGGAAAGUGUGUUGAUGAACUGUUCUGUGAAGAAACAAAUGAUUUAAGACUCUGUGAAUUCAAACUUCAAAGCAAAUUCUGUUAUCCAUCUUGGAGAUACUUCAGUGGACGUUGUUAUUAUAUUUCUACAUUUGGUCAGCUGAAUUAUAGUGAGGCAGAGUACAUGUGCAGUCGAUUUAAAGGAGGUCAGCUCUUAGAAGUAAACUCCAGUUAUGAAAAGGUGAGUGAUUAA